GAGAGGGAAAACGAGCCGUGUAGCGGCGGCGGCGGCCGACGACGAUCGUCAGCUCCCGUACUGCUGGUGGUGACCGACUCCGCGGCCGCAAAAGAGGUCGUUGACGCCGCGCCAGGACUUCGCUGACCAGCCUGCUGAAGCGACUUGGAAUGAGCCACUGAGUGAUCAAGCAGUCAUCAUGAACCGAUUCGUGCGCCUAGACGUGGCAAGCAGACGAUUUCUGCGAUGGCACGUUUUCAGGCUGCAGCGAAUGAACUACACGGGGGGCUUCUCCAAAGAUCUUGUAGACACAGCUGCUAAAGAGGAUCAGAGGAUCUGUGCACUCAUCAAUGCAUACAGAAGGCAUGGCCAUAAAAUCGCAACCAUCAACCCCAUUGACACAAGACCUUCAACACAGUAUGUCAAGGAUCUUGAACUGCAAGCACACAACCUCACUCCUACGGAAACUGUAUCCGGACAAAAGGUUGAGAGUAUUGUGGAAAACAUGAGAGCAGCUUACUGUGGUCCACUUGGCAUGGAGUUCAUGCACAUGGAAGAAGAGAGAAGAACAUGGCUUGCAGAUCGCUAUGAGAGUCUCGUUAGUCAAGGAAGACCGCCUAUUGAAAGGCGCAAAAAAAUGGCAGAGAUCUUGCUGAAGUCACAGGUCUUCGAUAAUUUCUUAGCAGCAAAGUUUUCGACUGUGAAAAGGUACGGUGGAGAAGGUGCCGAAAGCAUGAUGGCUUUCUUCUACGAACUGUUUUGCCAAGCACCAAAAACUGGAGUAACAGACAUCGUUGUGGGCAUGCCUCACAGGGGUCGGCUUAACUUACUCACAGGACUCCUGAACUUCCCACCUGUACAAGUGUUUCAGAAGAUGAAAGGCAUGCCUGAAGUUCCUGCUGGCAUCAAGGGUUCUGGAGACGUACUUUCGCAUCUGAGCACAUCUGUGGAUUUGCAAGGUUACCCUGGUCCCGUCCACGCGACUCUGUUGCCAAACCCAUCACAUUUGGAGGGUGUGAGUCCCGUGGCAGUGGGAAAAGCACGAGCCCGCCUACAAAGUUUGGAUCCCGCGAAGUACGCCAAGGCUGCCUGGGGCGGCAACUUUCCAGCGCUGGCCGUCCAGAUCCAUGGCGAUGCUUCCUUUGCCGCCCAGGGCGUCAUUAUGGAAACUGUGGCCAUGUCACGGCUGCCAGAGUUUACCGUGGGAGGCUCCGUUCAUUUGGUGGUCAACAACCAGAUUGGAUUUACCACACCGGCCUCCUAUGGCAGGUCGUCAGCUUAUGUCAGUGAUAUCAUGAAGAUGAUUGAUGCUCCAGUUAUACAUGUAAAUGGAGAUGAUCCAGAGGCUGUGGCCUUAGCAACCCAGCUGGCCAUGGAGUUUCGACAGAAGUUUAAUGACGAUGUUCUUCUGGACAUGUUGUGCUUCCGGCGUUGGGGGCACAACGAGAUGGAUGACCCCACGUUCACCAACCCACUCAUGUAUGACGCAAUUCAUGCCAGGGACAGCGUCCCAAACGACUAUGUGAAGCAGCUGCAGGAAGAGGGGAGCCUCGAUGCCUCUGAGAAGCAGCAAAUUGUGACCGACCACAUGGCAUUCCUGGGUGAACACUUCAAGCUGAUUGAAAGUCACACUCCGCCGUUCAGCAGGUUUCAAGGCAGGUGGAGUGGCAUCUCUCAGGCUCCUUCAGCUGUCACCUAUUGGGACACGGGUGUGGACCCAAAUGUGCUAAAGUAUGUGGGUGCAAGGUCCGUACAAGUGCCUCCUGAAGCAACAGUUCAUCCUCACCUUGUCAAAGUUUUCGUCAAUGAACGGCUUCGUAAAAUUGAAGAAGGCAGAGGCCUUGAAUGGGCCACUGCAGAAGCGCUCGCUCUGGGUUCCUUGCUUUAUCAGGGUUUCAAUGUUCGCAUCUGUGGCCAGGAUGUCGGUCGUGGCACAUUCAGCCAACGACACGCCAUCCUUGUUGACCGUACCAACGAGCAACGCCUGGUUCCCCUCAACAACCUGAACCUCCCACCUGAACGUGGUCCACAGGGGCAUUACGAAGUUGUGAACAGUCCCCUGUCGGAGGAAGCAGUGCUUUCCUUCGAGUAUGGCUUCAGCCUGGAGACUCCAAAAACCCUUGUAAUAUGGGAAGCCCAGUUUGGCGACUUCCACAACAGUGCACAGGUCGUCAUUGACACAUUUGUUACAUCCGGUGAAGCCAAGUGGUUCCUGCAAAGUGGAAUGGUUGUAUUGCUGCCACACGGCUUUGAUGGAGCGGGCCCUGAGCACUCGUCAUGCCGCAUUGAGAGGUUCCUACAGAUGACUGACAGUAAAGAAGAUGCCGUGGACGGCGAUGAUAUCAACUUUGGUUUUGUGAAUCCCACAACACCAGCUCAAUACUUCCACCUUCUGAGGAGACAGAUGGUGAGGAACUUCCGCAAGCCCCUGGUGGUGGCUUCUCCAAAGAUUCUGCUGCGUCAUCCCGAGGCCACCUCCUCCCUGGAAGACAUGGCACCCGGAAAGACGUUCAGGCCUGUCCUCUCGGACCCGGAGCCCAGGCUGAACGCCUCCCGAGUCUUGCUGUGCAGCGGCAAGCACUACUACGCGCUGGCUAAGCACCGGGCUGAACUAGGCAGAGACAAUGACAUUGCCAUCAUCCGGCUAGAGGCUCUGUGCCCUUUUCCGGCAAAGGAACUCGCGGAAGAGCUUUCCAAGUAUACUCAGGCAAAAGAGUUCAUCUGGUGCCAAGAGGAGCACAGAAACAUGGGGCCAUGGUUUUUUGUGCAGCCACGUUUCCAGAAUCUUCUAGGGAGGCAGAUCAAGUAUGCUGGUCGCACGAACUUGGGUGUCCCUGCAGUAGGGGUGGGUCAAGUGCACCAGAAGGAGUGCCAGGAAAUCUUGCAGAGGGCUUUCGCCAGCUGAUGUGAUCGAAGCUUAGUGCAAUGCUCGGCGUAUGUGGCAUUAUGUUUUGACAGAACUUGCGUGACAUUACGCGAGCCCGCAUUCUUCUCACAGUCAUUCCAAGCACCAAGUGCCUCGACACCCUGUGCUUUAAACGUGUGAUGCGCAAGAAUUCCUCCUCAUUCUUCGCCUGAGAAGAAACACGUCUGGUAAAUCAGUACAAAGUUUGCGCAGCUUAUUUUGCAGCUUUCAGAGACUCAGUUUGUCUUUGGAGUGUGCCAUUUUAUCCUGUGCCUGUGUGUUGGGCAGUGUGUUUGACAUGAAGCCUACACAUUGCAUUAGUGAAAAGCAGUUGAAAUAAAAAUAUCCAGUAGAUCAGUGCAAACUUUGCCCGAUCGAUUUUGCAGCUUUUAAUGGUAAAUCAGUACAAACUUUGCCCUACUGAUUUUGCAGCUUUUAAAUAAUUGCUUUGCCUUUAGAGUGGGCCAUUUUAUCUCAUGACCAUGUGUUUCCAUUGUUUGGCAUGAAACCUACACGUUGUGCUAAUAAAGAAAGCAAUGAAACUGUA